AGUUUCUCAAACAAUCAUCUGGUGGUUGCUUUCACUGACUCACUCACUCACUCACUCACUCACUAUAAAUCACUUGUCAUUGGUCUCCUCUUUCAGAACUCCAUUUCCACACGACUCCAUUUUCAAUCUCAGACCUUGAAUCCAAUGGCGAACAACCACACAGAUGCUCCCUUACUUCAAUGUUCAAAUUCAUCCGAUGAACAACCCUUAGACCUCACACACAGAACCGGGACGAUAUGGACCGCGAUAGCGCACAUAAUAACUGGAGUGAUGGGAGCAGGUGUAUUGUCUCUUGGAUGGAGUUUGGCUCAACUUGGAUGGUUGUUUGGUCCUCCUGCAAUUCUUGUUUUUGCUGCGGUCACUCUCGUUUCAACCACAAUUCUUUCGGACUGCUACUUGUCUCCCCACUCAGAGCACGGUCCUGAUCGAAAUGCUUCGUUUCUUCAAGCUGUCAGUUACUAUUUGGGGGAGAAGAGCCAAUGGAUAUGUGCAGUGUUGUUAAAUGAGAGUUUAUAUGGGAAUGAUAUUGCUUACACCAUUGCAACUGCUACUAGUAUGAGGGCGAUACUGAAAUCGAAUUGUUACCACGAAGAAGGGCAUGAUGCUGGUUGUACAUAUCCAGACAGCAUCUAUAUGCUACUGUUUGGGCUUGUGCAAAUUGUUGUCUCUCAGAUACCAAAUUUUCAUAACAUGGCAUGGUUGUCUGCUGUUGCUGCCAUCAUGUCGUUUGCUUAUUCUACCAUCGGUUUGGGGCUCGGUUUAGCAAAUGUUAUCGUAAAUGAGGAGAUUAAGGGAAGCAUUGGAGGGGUCCCAGCUGCUUCUGCAGUUGAUAAACUGAUGCUAGUUUUCCAGGGUCUUGGAGAUAUAGCUUUUGCUUAUCCGUACUCAAUAAUUCUCUUAGAAAUUCAGGAUACAUUGAAACCACCAUCUGAAACCAAAACCAUGAAAAAAGCUUCAAGGUCUGCGAUCCUUAUCACCACCGUAUUCUAUUUGUGUUGCGGGAGUUUCGGGUAUGCAGCCUUUGGAAACAACACACCAGGCAAUCUUUUAACUGGGUUCGGGUUCUAUGAGCCCUAUUGGCUUGUUGACUUAGCCAAUGCCUGUGUCAUCCUUCAUCUUGUUGGUGGAUAUCAGGUCUUCAGCCAACCGGUAUUUGCACUUGUAGAAACAUGGUUUUCUGAGAGAUAUCCUGAGAGUCAUUUUGUGAACGGCUUUUACCAAUUGAAGCUGCCAUUAGUAACAACAUUUCAACUGAAUCCCUUCAGGCUAUGCUUCAGAAUGUUAUACGUUGUAUCCACAACCGGAAUUGCAAUGUUGUUUCCAUUUUUCAACCAAGUGUUGGGAGUGUUAGGGGCGUUAAACUUUUGGCCAUUAGUGGUGUAUUUCCCUGUGGAGAUGUACUUUGUGCAAAGAAAGAUUUUACCAUGGUCAAGAAAAUGGAUUGCCCUUAAAACCUUCAGCUUUGGUUGCUUUCUUGUGUCAGCUGUUGGAUUCGUUGGAUCACUAGAAGGUCUCAUAAUGGCAAAAUUGAGCUAAAAACAUAUUGGAUUUUCUUCAUAUAAUAUAUCUAUAUAUAUGUAUAUUGAUAUUCUUGGUUUGUAAUAGAUUUGUUUGUAUUUCCCAUUA